GUAGUUAUUAUUUCGUCGCUGGUGACGUCAAGUUCGGUGGUUAUUAUUUCGUCGCUAGUGUUGUCGAGUUUGGUGGUGGCUCUUAUUUCGUCACUGGUGUCGUCAAGUUCGGUGGUGGCUCUUAUUUCAUCAUUGGUGUUGUUGAAUUCAGUAGUUAUUAUUUCAUCACUGGUAUCUUCAAAUUAGGUGGCUAUUAUUUUUGUUGCUGGUGUCAUCGAAUUAGGUGGUUAUUAUUUGUUGCUGGUGUCGUCGAAUUUGGUGGUUAUUAUUUCGUCACUGGUGUCGUCAAAUUCGGUAGUUAUUAUUUAGUUGCUGGUGUUGUCGAAUUAGGUGGUUAUUAUUUUAUCACUGGUGUCAUUGAAUUAGGUAGUUAUUAUUUCGUCGCUGGUGUCGUCGAAUUUGGUAGUUAUUAUUUCGUCGCUGGUGACGUCAAGUUCGGUGGUUAUUAUUUCGUCGCUAGUGUUGUCGAGUUUGGUGGUGGCUCUUAUUUCGUCACUGGUGUCGUCAAGUUCGGUGGUGGCUCUUAUUUCAUCAUUGGUGUUGUUGAAUUCAGUAGUUAUUAUUUCAUCACUG